GACAUUUGAAACAUGAAUACGCGUGAAUGAGGAAAACCGAUAUCACAUUAGUUAUUAGCGAAUGCAAAUACCUGCGUCAAUUAUUUUAUACAACACCGUGAUUUCUAUGAAACAUACACUUUCAUGUGACAAAUAGUAUUUUGAUAAGUAUUUUCGUUUAUCCCCUGAGAGCGUAUUUCUAGGUUAUGUUAGGCCGCCCAACGCUGUUGCUGGGUCGUGAUAAAUGUGGUAUUUCAAUUUUCGUCAAUCGCCUGAUAUCGUAGUUUGUGCCUAGUGAUUAGAGCGUCGACGGUGAAUCGUUUGCACAGUUUGUAAACGAUAUCUUUAAAAAAUUUUAGAACGUAUGACGUCUGAUAUACAUCUGAUAAAAUGUCAUCUAAAGACAGCUGUCCGGAUUCAAAAUUGAAUCAACAGAUGUCGGCGGAAAAAAAAGGUAUAAAAGAAUUGGACAUUUCAGAAGCUGGAUUAUACGCAUAUGGAGCUAUUUGUUCGCUGACUCUGGCGGAGUUGUUCCCAGAUCCCAGCGACCAUGCCUAUAACAAUUUAUGCAUGAAAAUGAUCUGUCAGCAUUUGAAAAUGAAUGCAAGAAACGAACCUGUAAUGAUGUACCUAAGCGAGGGAAAAAGCGACCAGUCCCAACAGCCUUAUAUUGCUUUGCUUAUGGAAGAACCCAAUUUAAAAGGCAAAACAAUUUUAGUUGUUCAGGAUUUGGUAUUACUGGCCGUCCGCAAUGGGAUUGUGUCAGGUGAAUAUGAUGCUAGACAAAGAGUAUUAAUCAGACGAAUAUCCGAACUACUAAAUGUCCCAUUCGAAUUAAUUGAAUUCUAUGAGCAUUCCCUGGUCAGAUUGUUGAAUGAGAGUCAAAGUGAACAAACAGAGGCGGAGCAACAUGAGACUGAACGACGUGAUAAAAUACGUAGAAUCAAGAGAUACGCAGCGAUUGGCUUGGCCACCAUAGGAGGUGGAACAUUGUUAGGUUUAACCGGAGGAUUAGCCGCACCAUUUAUCGGUGCUGGAGUAGGCACAAUACUGGGAAGCGCGAGUGCAGCUGCACUGGGCAGUACUGCUGGUAUUGCGAUUAUAGGUUCUUUGUUUGGAGUGGCUGGAGCUGGACUGACAGGAUAUAAAAUGAAGAAACGAGUUGGGGAAAUUGAGGAGUUUGAAUUCGAACCUUUAACACUGUCUGGUUAUGGAACUGUGGAUCAACAACUUCACAUUGUCAUUGCUAUUACUGGUUGGCUGAACGACGAAGAAGUCGAUAAUGUUGUCAGGCCUUGGCAAUCUCUCUCUGUAUCUAGGGAGCAAUAUGCUCUUAGAUAUGAAACGAAGUAUUUGAUUGAAAUGGGACAAGCAUUUGAGUACAUACUAAACAUGGCUGUUUCUGUGGCCACCCAAGAGGCUUUAAAAUAUACAAUUCUUUCUAGUCUCAUAAGUGCUGUCGCCUGGCCUGCUACUCUGUUAUCAAUAGCAUCUGUGAUAGAUAAUCCAUGGUCUGUGUGUUGCCGGCGAAGCUCAGAAGCCGGUAAACAAUUAGCUUAUGUUCUGCUUACUAGGCAGCAUGGCAAGAGGCCAGUUACGCUAGUCGGCUUCAGUCUGGGCGCCCGAGUCAUAUAUUAUUGUUUGAGAGAAAUGGCUGAAAUUGGCGGUGGUAAGGGAAUUAUACAGGAUGCGAUAUUACUCGGAGCACCAGUUACGAAUAAUAAAACGGAGUGGGAAAAAUGUUCUAAAGUAGUAGCAGGCAGAUUUGUUAACGGAUAUUGCAGCGGCGACUGGCUGCUGCGGUUUCUAUAUCGUACUUUAUCCAUGAAUUCUGGGGUGGCAGGAUUGUUUCCUAUUGAUUGCAAGAAAGUAAUAAAUGUAGACUUGAGCUCUAUAGUGGGAGGCCAUAGUGAAUAUCCUGAAAAAUUACCAGAACUUUUGAAUUUUGUUGGCUUAAAUACAAAGACAAGUCAGGUUCUAGAUACUGAAAAUGGAAUGAAAAAAUCUAAUUCCGAACUACCAUGCGCAGAAAAGCAUGUGAGUAAUCUAAAGUUGUCCAAAUCUGAUAUGUGCCUACCUUCCAAGAAAUGCCUGACUGACGAGAAGAAUACGAUGCCGUCCAAUUAGUAGUUGUCCAAAAGAUUUAAAAAAUCUUUAAUAUCAAUUAUUAUGCCUUUGAUAUAAGUAUUAAUUAUAAGUAUCUAAAAAUGACCGUACUAAUAAAAUAUUGGGUAAUCGAAGAAAACUAAUACAAGUGCUAAUAUAUCAAAUCAAUUUAUUCAAAUAUAUACGAUAUAUAUCUAUGCACAACAAAUCAUAACGACGCAGGGCCAUAAAAUACGAAACACAAAUAACGUUUUUUUUUUUAAAUCUUUUUUCUUGCAACAUUAUCUUCCUUUUAACAAAACAGGUCCAAUUAUGUGUAAUCUAAUGUAUGUUUCAGCUACCAUUUAGAAGACAGAUUUAUAUAAAACUUAUAUAUUUAAGAAAGUCUAUUUGUCACCUUUUAUACAAUAGGAUUAUUCACGAAAAUUUAUUAAUUACAUGAUGUAAUUAGAAUAUAGCUGUAUCGUGAAAGAGUUAGUAAUGCGCACAAACGUCAACAUGUACGAAAUAGAAUAUUUAUUCUAUCCAACAUUGUUGAAUCUGAAGAGAUAUCUCUAAUGUUAAUUAUUUUUACAGUCA